AUAUCAUAUAUAUAUGGUAAGGCAAUAUUUAGGAAACAUUAUAGCAACAUAAUAUAUAUAUAAAGGAAACGAACGAAGACAAGAAACGAUUCCGACUCAAAACAAUGGAGAGCACGAAAAGUGAAUCUUCUACCUUGGGAUACAAGUUCGCCGGAGUUAGCAUUGACGACGGAAAAUCUAAGCCUGUGAUAUCUACCGAUGGUUUGUUCGGAGGAAGAGACAUGAUUAGAGUCGUGUUGCUGGUCACUACCGUGACACUUUCUUGCCUCUUGUUUUACAAAUCUGCAAAUAAUCCCUUCAACGUGGUGUCUCUAUGGAAGACGACGGAUUGUUGUUCUUCAAAAACCAUUAACGAGGCUUCCUUAGAAACGGUGCAAAAGAGGGAACCGGUUUCAGAAUUAGAGAGAGUACUGAUGAACGCGGCUAUGGAGGAUAACACGGUGAUCAUAACCGCGUUAAACCAAGCAUGGGCCAAACCAAAUUCAACUUUCGACGUGUUUCGAGAGAGUUUUAAAGCCGGUUUAGGAACAGAGAGACUAUUGAAACACGUGAUCGCGGUUUGCUUGGAUAAACAUGCGUACGAUCGGUGCAUAGAGGUUCAUCCUCAUUGCUACUUGAUUAAUGCCACAGAUUCAGACCAACUUUCCGGUCCAAACCGGUUUAUGACGCCUGGUUACUUGAAACUCAUUUGGCGACGAAUGGAUCUUCUUAGGGAAGUUCUUGGAUUUGGAUACAACUUCAUCUUCACGGAUGCAGAUAUCUUGUGGCUUCGAGAUCCAUUUCCCCGGUUCUUCCCAGACGCUGACUUUCAGAUAACAUGCGAUGAUUACAAUGGAAAGCCAUCAGACAAGAAUAACCACGUGAACUCCGGAUUCACAUACGUCAAAGCAAACAACAAAACGCUAAGUUUUUACAAGUACUGGAUCAGAUCGAGUCGAAAGUUCCCUGGAAAACACGAUCAAGAUGUGUUCAACCUCAUAAAAAACAAACAGUUUGUCGUGAAACUUGGAAUCAACAUUAGGUUCUUUGACACGGUUUACUUUGGAGGGUUUUGCCAGCCGAGCAGGGACAUCAACGUAGUCAAUACAAUGCAUGCUAAUUGUUGUAUUGGUUUGGACAACAAAGUGAAUAACCUAAAGGCUGCUCUUGAAGACUGGAAACGAUAUGUAUCGUUGAAUACGACCGUGUCCGAGACUAAAUGGAAUAUUCCACCUAAGUGUGGUUACUAAAGGUUGUGAGGGUAGACGUAGAUAACUGUUAUUGUCUAGUUUCGUUAAGAACCUUACAAUGGUCAUAACCGGAGUUGAUUGCUGUUU